AUGUGGGGAACGUGUGAACACAGUGGACCACCACCUAGCAACGCAGUGCGAAAAAAUCUGUCCCGUAGUCGCGGUAACAAUUCAUCUUUAUCGCACUCAGGAAGUGUAUGUCAAGAUUUGGAGUCGAAAAUUCGAAAGUUUUCAACAACCAGCCAACCAACCCUAUUCAGUGUGGCAUUAGAUGAGCCAUCCUGCUCAGACGAUUCACCUUCAAGUGCUAUUCAAGACGACAGUAGCAUUGGCGGUACAAGACGUACACGGAACAUAACGGCUACUAGUAGAAAGAGCUUGUUUUUUGGCAAGGAUAAAGCGGAAAUGUUAGCUCGCUUGACACUGCUGAAAGAUGAGGUACAGAAAUCAGUACCUAUGUUUGAACUGGAAACUCACUGGACAAAUAUUGUUCGUGAUGGCGAAGAACUGAGCAAACGUGCAUAUGAUCAGCAGGAAGCAAUCUGGGAAUUUGUUACGACUGAACAUCGAUAUUUGCAGGCAAAACUCCUAAAACAAAUGAAUGAACUUUGCCAGUGUUUUCUGAAAAUGCAAGAAAUAGGCUAUAUGCGUGAUGUUGACCCACGACGGGUGUUUCUCAAUUACCCUGACCUUUACGUUCAUAAUUCGAAAUUCUGGAAAAAAGCAGUACUUCCAAUGUUGCAAUCUUCAAGAGCUGAUGGUGUUUUGCUUGAUCCAGUAAUUCUGAAGACAGGCUUUGAACGGAUCGAUGAAUGGUGGCCUUGUUAUACUACAUUUAUAUAUGGCCAUGCUGAUUGUCAUAGCUACGUCCAAAAGUGCCAAAAAGAAAAUGAAUUGUUCCGAGAAUUUGUUACGUGGGCAGAAUCUCAAGAUACUAUGAGACGGCAACGUUUAUUAGAUGCUUUGACGAAUCCUAUGCAGCGUCUUACAAGGUAUAGCUUACUUCUGAAAGCAGUGCUCAAACACAGUAUUGAUGAUACGGAACGCGAUGCUAUUCAGAAUAUGAUUGUACGGAUAGAAAAAGCAACGCGAAAUGUUGAAGAAACUUUGAAUAAUAAUGACCUGCAGAAUAAGUUAAAUGAAUUAUCGAAAGCUAUUGAAAGUUAUGAAGCGGUAGACUGUGAAGAAUUUGAAAGGAUAUUUCCGAUUAAAUGUCAUAUUCGGUUGGCUGAUCCUAUGCCAUAUUUUGUGGGCCAGCCACAAUUUCGACGCGUUUAUUUAAGGGGUGAUCUGAAAAUGAAAGAUGGUAGACAAGGAACUAAAUUAGAUGCUCACUGCAUACUCUUCACGGAUCUUUUUCUGAUCUGUAAAGCUUCUAAUAAACGCUAUGACCGGCUGAGGAUACUUAAGCCACCAAUACAUAUAGCUAAAAUGUGCCUUCAGCAAUUCCCAGAUUACUCUGGCUUUGUCAUCGCACCCAUCAAUGACUUCGGCAUGCCUUCCGCGUUGUACUAUUUAUCUACUCCAUCAAUCGAGGAGACCAGAAAAUGGCUCGAAAUGACAAAUAUGGCAUUGAGAGAUUUUUAUCGACUCAAACCUUUAAGUCCACAGCAAUGCUUGUUAGGCAUUCCACUUAGUUUGUCAAAUGGAUUCGGUUCGAGCAUCAGUAAAGAUUCAGAUCAUAGUCGCUCAAACAGCAGCAGUUGUGGUAAUAAUCACUCAGAUUCAAUUACUGUUCAAGAAAUCAUUCAUCGCAAAAGUUCCAGUAUGGAUUCACAAAUGGUCGCUGAACAUAAUCGUAUUGCUAAUGUUCGUAAAGUGAAUACGGUAUCAUCUGCUGAUCAGAUUGAUCGGUUGUUACGAGAAAGUCAAAAUGGUAUAAUUGCUGGUGAUAGUAGUCGUAUUGGUGGAAAACCAAGAAAUAAAUUGGCUGUAGUCAUUAAUGAUGAUCCCUCCAUGACUUCUUUAGCAAGCACAACGUUCAAUGGUCAGUCAAAGUCUUUCAUGGAUCUGCAUUUUGCUUCAAAAUUCGUUGAUCACUUAGAUUCUCCCGACAUUCACCGUCGUUCCCGAUCAAAUUCUACCGGACCAGCGGACAUUACAAUACCCAAUAGAUCGUGCUCAAGUAGUCCAUCAAAAGCCGACCCUUCCAUUCAAUUGUACAGUAAACGACAUUUGUACACUGAUGAUACUCCAUCUACAUCAUUGGAACAUAGAGAAGGAUGUGAUCUAAGGGCAUCCCAAGGUACUUUAGACAGCAGUCCCGAUAUUUCAGAGCAACCACAAACGGCACAGUCAAGUGGAACGAUAAGAUGUUCAUCACCUGCAACUAUGGCGACUUAUGGUAACGAUGAAAAUCUGGAUCUAUCUUCAUCUCAGGCUAGACUCGACUGUUUUUUGUUCUUUCAAUUCUAUUUUGUGUUUGACAGCGCAAUGUUGAAUGCUCGACGAUUUGAGCGACGUUACCAUACAUCAGAUGGUAUUGAUGUUACAAAGUCCAAAGCACCUGCGAAUCUGCCUCCUGGAAUAUUGAAACGGUUUUCGUGGAAUGUCUCAACAGCUGUCGGUGGUUCAUCUAGGAAAAUAACAAAUCGAAUGAAUGAGCAGAACAUUCGGCGUCAGUCACAAUCAACGGUAGCUUCUUCAGAAUCAUUCAGUUCGUCUACGUCUGGUUUUAGUACCGCUUCAUCAUACAUGGAAGGCUCAACGGUCACAGAGGAAAUGACUCCAACCGGUGAACCGGACAUGCAUAUUUCAACAGUGGCGAUUGGUGAACAUUUGGAAGAAUUGACAGAAGAUAGUGGAACUUUACGAAUUCAUCUUAGUGAAGAAAAUGUGCGUGAAAUUGAAAGCUGUAAUGAUUUGACGGCAGUUCCACCUCCUCUUCCUGAAGUUCCGCCACCACCAUUGGUAUUGAAUAGCCGAGAAAAAGCAGCAACUCGAGCUACCACCGCACCUCCUGCUCCAACGGUCUCAACUACCAUAGCUUCAGUUUCACUUGCCGCGACAUUUGCUGGCAAAACAGUCGAAUCGUGUAAUUCAGUCAAGCAACAAGAAUUACUGAAGUUUAUCAUGGAUAAUCACUUAGAGACUUCGUAUGUUCUUUCAUUUCUCAGAAAUCAAAAAAUAGCAAAAAAAGUAUAUUGCCGCCUUUCAUGCAAAGACGUCAUAACAACACUAUGA